AUGUCUGGACGGCCCAAGUUGUUUUGGAGAAGAAUGAGAGGAUUUGAGUGGCAGGAGAAUGAAAAAGAUGUGGCUGAAACCUAUGCAAAGAUCGGUGACUGCCUUGAACGUAUGGCUCGAGUUGAACCAGACAAACUUUUGGCCCGAACAGAGGUGCGAGCAUCGGAUGGAAUGCAUAAGUUGAAGAAGGUGGAAGCACGGUCAGCAAAUGACGAGGAAUUGAAGCUGACUGACACGCUGACCUAUUUUACAAGAGAUACUCAAGCAGCUAAGGUUUGA